AUGAGCGAAAAACGAACAUCGUCAGCUGCUGAUAUAAACAAAAUAAUACAAGAUGCUAAAAGUGUUUUUUCAAGCAACAUUGUUGAAAUUUAUGCCUUCAAAGUUGACUGGUACAACAAUUUGGUAGCACCGAAAUAUAAACUUGAUUACAAAAAUGACACAGUAGCACUUAUCUUCUUUACCAUUCCAUAUGUCUUUAAUGAAAGCUUCAUACCGUUUUUGUGCAACUAUAAAGAAAUGGUGGUCCACAAGUCCUGGGAAAAAUUUAUCCACUAUAACAUGGAAAAGGUGCAACAGAUGCUAAAGAAAGAAUAUCAUUUGAAAAUCCCCGAUGAGGAUAUAAUGUACUCUUUUGAUACAGAGUGUGGACAUGCAAAAAUUUUAGUCCAGACCGCGGGUCACAUCGCUGCGGGUGCCUAUUAUUACCAACGGAGGGACGUUAUCCCUGAUCCCUGGCCGAAGAACAAGACAAUUUAUGGUGUAAGCAUUCAUCCGCUUUACGGAGGUUAUUUCUCCCUGGAUGCUGUCAUAAUCUUAAGAAAUAUUUAUGACCCGAAAAUGAUAAAAAAGCCGCCACCGGAUGUCGUUAAAAGCCACGCAAAGAGGGUGGAAUUGUUAACCCUUUACAACGACUACUAUCAGAAUCAAAAAUGGCGUGAUAUCAUUCCAGUUCAAAGGAAAUACACAGACGAACACAUGAAAUAUGUGAUGACAUAUGGUGAAGAACGUGAAAAUUAUGUCAAAAGACUGAUUAAUGGACACUGUCGCGGACGACAAGACUUACGUCUUCUUUAUUUCAAAAAAUAUAUUUUCAAUUUUUAG